AUGCUUUUCUUGAAACAGCUUCCACAGCCUCCGACGCGUGUCGCUUGCAUUUUCCUUAUAUUGAGCCCGCGGCUGCCCUGGAAACCACCUUCCUUACAUCUAAUACCGUAUCUCUUUGGUUUAUCCUUACCAACGGUUUGGAAAAAGCAGUUCAGCAUGCUGGGCCUUUUAUCUAUAGCGCUGUUAGCGCUUCCGGCGCUCAUACUUUACCUCUAUUCGGCACUGAACUACCGUCGAUUCAAGCAAUAUGCGCACUUUCCCCAGCUCAAGCCAUCCUUGGCAUGGGGUCAUCUCAAGGCGAUCGAUGCUUUCCAUAGGAAGCGUGGAGAAAAGGACGGCCAGAUGGACCCUGCCAUGGACGACAUGGCCGAAUCAAUCGGAUCCCCACCUGUCAUGUUCCUUGACUUGCGCCCAUUAGUCCGCCCAAUGCUGCUCAUCAGAUCCCAUGAGAUUGCGGAGCAGGUGUCAAGACAGUCAAAGACAUGGCCUUACAGCCUGCCCAAGUCAGAUACGAUGCUGCAUCUUUUCCCGCUCUUGGGCGAGAGAUCGAUCGUCAUGUCCUAUGGUCCGGAAUGGAAGGAUAUGAGAAAGCACUUCAACCCGGGAUUCGCCCCUCAACAUCUCAUAAGCUUAAUGCCAGUAAUCUUGGACAAGACCCAGGCGUUCCUUGCGAAACUGGACAGACUUGUCUACACUGGAGAGGUCUUUGAGCUCGAGCCUCUGUGUACGAACCUCACUUUUGAUAUCAUCGGCGCUGUUACCAUGGACGUCGACCUCGGUGCUCAACUCCCAGAAGAAUUACAGGGCGAUUUUAUCAAGGGCUACAAAGAAUUUCUUCUAUCCUACAAGCAAAGCAACGGCGUUCUCCAGUGGUGGGAGGGUCCUCGGAAGAACCGCCAACGAAAGAAGCUGGCCAAUGCUCUCAACACGUUCUUGGAGGACCUCAUUCGACGCAAGUUCGAUGAUGUCAAACAAAACCAGGACGUGUCAAGUCGCAGUAUUCUGGCGCUGAGUUUACGGGAUGUUGAAAUCCUCACUCAGGACAUCAUUGACGGAACCAAGGACCAGCUGAAGACCUUCAUGUUCGCCGGCCACGACACCACCAGCAUUCUCCUCCAAUGGGCCUUUUACGAGCUGUCCCGGACUCCACGCGCAAUGAAGGCUCUCAGAGCCGAGCUGCAUAGUCUUUUUGGUCAAGACCUGAGCCCCGAAACUGUCCGCGAAGCCCUGCUCACCAGAGGCGAAGAGAUCACUCAGAAGAUGACCUAUACAUCAGCAAUCAUCAAGGAAAUUCUGCGCCUGUACCCACCUGCCGGCUCCGCGCGUCUUACCCCUCCUGGCUCAAACUUCCAUCUCCAGCUGCCUGACAAGACCAGUGUAUGCGUCGACGGCCUUGUUCUAUACAACUGCGCCACCGUCAUCCAGAGAGAUCCCCAGGUCUACGGGAGUACCAAGGACGACUUCGUUCCGGAGCGAUGGCUCGGUAAUACGGACACGUCCAUGGCAACGAACGACGAUGAGAAAGUAGGUAUCAGUAAGGCCGGAGACAACAUCAUUCCCUCUGCUGCAUGGAGGCCAUUCGAGAGAGGGCCAAGAAACUGUAUCGGGCAAGAGUUGGCCAACAUCGAGGCUAGAGUUAUUCUGGCCAGUGUUGUCGGUAAGUAUGCCUUUGAAAAGGUUGGCCUGGGGGAGGCAACUCUAGACGAAAAGGGGAGGCCUAUCCUCAACGAAAAGGGACAGCACAAGUCCAGCACGCAUCUCUACAGCACAAGGCAAAUUACUGCACGACCAGUCGACAAUAUGAAGGUCCGUGUGAGGCUGGAAGAAGCUACAGAAGCGUGA